UCUCUCUCUCGAUCUCUUCUGCAUCUCUACAACCACCACCAUCACCAUCACCUAUGCCUGCCACGCUCACUACGCAGUCCGAGGUAGACGUCCUCAUCAUCGGCGCUGGCCCUGCUGGGCUCAUGACCGCCAACGCUCUCGCGAACGCGAGAGUGAACGUCAGGAUCAUCGAUAAACGGGCGGCCCAGGUCACUGCCGGGCAGGCUGAUGGGAUUUCCCCGCGCACGAUUGAGGUCUUCCAGAGCUACGGUAUCGGCGAGCGCCUUCUGAGGGAGGGAUGCCAAGUGCAUCUGGCUGCAUUCUACAACCCGGGCCCCAACGGUGGUAUCAUUCGCACCGGUCGUGCCCCUGAUGUGACUGCGCCGACGGCACGUUACCCGUUCGAGCUCGCGCUGCACCAAGCCGGCAUUGAGUCGAUCUUUUUGGAUUCGAUGAAGAACCUUGGCGUUGAGGUGGAAAGAUCGACAGUGCCAACUAAGAUUGAGCUGUCUUCAGAUGAAGCGCUUCUCAAUGACCCUCAGUCUUAUCCCGUUCGAGUGACGCUGGACCAUCUGGAAACAACGGAAGGACCAACGACGGAGGUCGUGAAAGCCAAGUAUGUCCUCGGUGCAGACGGCGCGCAUUCGUGGGUGCGCAGAGCGUUCGAUAUCAGCAUGGACGGCGAGCAGUCUGACUUCAUCUGGGGUGUGCUCGACAUGGUUCCCGACACGGACUUCCCCGAUAUCAGAAACAAGGCGCUCAUUCACUCCAACAACGGCUCGUGUCUGUUGGUCCCGCGGGAGGAGGACCGCAUCCGGAUAUACAUGCAGCUCUCGGACAAGCAGGUGCUCAACCCGGAGACGGGGCGGGUGGACAAGGACCGGAUGGGUCCGCCGCAGCUGCUUGAGGUGGCGCAGAAGUCGCUGCACCCGUUCAAGCUCGAACCGUUGAACGAGAUCAACUGGUGGACGUUGUACAUCAUCGGACAGCGUGUCGCCUCCAAGUAUUCCAUCAACAACCGCGUGUUCAUCGCCGGCGAUGCUUGCCACACUCACUCGCCCAAAGCGGGCCAGGGAAUGAACGCCAGUAUGAACGAUGCGCACAACCUCGCCUGGAAACUCGCUUUUGUCCUGCGUGGCUGGUCAGGCAUGGAGCUUCUGUCUACGUACGAGUCCGAGCGGCGCAAGUACGCACAGGACCUCAUCGCAUUCGACAAGCAGUUCUCCACCAUGUUCUCGGGCAAGCCAAAAACCGAGCAAGACCUGGACGGCGUGAGCCACGAAGAAUUCAUGGGCGCCUUCCAGACCUUCGGCGGCUUCACGAGCGGCAUCGGCGUGCACUACAGCCCCUCGGUGGCCGUGAAGAACACGCACCAGGCGCUCGCGAGCAAGCUCGUCAUCGGCGAGCGCGUCCCGCCGCAGGUGUUCGUCCGCGCAGCGGACGCGUGGCCGUUCGAGCUCCAGGACCUGCUUCCCUCCGACUUCAAGUUCAAGCUGCUUGUGUUCACGGGCGACCACAACGUGCCCGCGCAGCAGGCGCGGGUGAGGGCCUUCGCCGAGGGCCUCGAGAAGCCCGGGAGCUUCUACACUAGGUAUGCGCCGCCCGGUACGGGCGGGAAGGGGGCGGUGGUCCAGAACAGGUUUGAGGUUAUUACGAUUUGGGACGGGAAGAAGGAGGAGGUGAAUUACCUUGAUAUUCCUGCUGUGCUGCGGCCACACUGGACAAAUGUUUUGAUCGACGAUGUCGACUGCACGGGCAAGAUGGGCGGCAACGGUUACGACUACUUCGGUAUCAGUCCAGAUGGCGCUGUUGUCGUCGUUCGUCCGGAUGGCUACGUUGGAACUAUUGCACCUCUGUACGCCAUUGACGGGAUCGAGGGCUAUUUCGCUGCGUUCAUGCAGGCCUCCGCAUAAAGCUUACGCAUUCCCACAUAGCUAGAGCACGAAUACGUAGAAUUUUCUUGGGUUGUCUGUUGUGACAAGCCAUGUACAAAGCAUCGACAUGUAACAUACUUUCAUUCGUUAAGAACUUUGUGGAUCUAUCUAAC